CUGGUGCACAAGUGGUCAUUAGUAGGAUACUGUCAAAUUUGAAAGUUGAACUUCAGUAGUUUGAAGUAACUUCGAGAUGAACUGCUCACUGAGUUGUUUAAGUCACCUUCUGUGAAAUGGGCAAUUCAGUCAGUGCAUCAGUUCAAGUGGUGUACACAUUAAUGUAUUAAUCAUCGUGACAUACGAAGUCACAAGUAAGACGACACACCUCCUUUUUCCACAAUGAAGAUAAACGAGAAGAAUUUGGCCGCAUUUGCUUCCUCUGCAACACCAGUGGAUAGGGAAGGCUGGCUUGUGAAAAGGGGUGAAGUAAACAAAGGUUACCAAAAACGCUGGUUCGUUCUUAAAGGAAAUUUAUUGUUCUACUUCGAAAAACGCGGUGAUAAAGAACCAGUUGGCGUGAUUAUUUUGGAGGGCUGUACCAUAGAGUUGGCUGAAGAUGAAGAUCAGUUUGGUUUCAAAAUUGUGUUCCAUGGUCCUGGAAAUCGUAGUUAUGUUCUUGGCGCAGAGUCUCAAGAGAGCAUGGAGCAGUGGAUGAAAGCACUGGCUUGUGCAAGCUAUGAUUACAUGAAACUCAUGGUUGCAGAAUUACAAAGGCAACUGGAUGAAAUGGAAGAGUGUGAAGUCUUAAGUAAAAAUGCAAGUAAGAAAACUACACCUGAGAGCCGUGAACACAAGCCAUCGGAUUCUCCUUUACCACCACCACGACAGCGACACAAUCCCUUCAACAGAAUACAACCAGCUACAAGUUUGGAUGGCCAGAACGGCUCUGGUUUUCCGCACCAUUUCCGUUCUCAUAGUAUCCGGUCAGCACCAGGCAGAUCUGAUGGUACCUACAGAUCCUAUGAGAAUGUUCCCCGAACUAAAGUGACUUUCAGAGAUUUACAUACUGCUUAUGGUCGCAGAGUUCUGACUGAUUUCAAUGCAUGGCGACACUCAAAGAGAUUAGAGCAGGAGAAGAAGCAGGUGGCAGAGUCAUCACAAGACUUACUCAUUACACUGUAAGUCAUUCAUAAACCACAAAAUCACUGUGGAGAUAUUAAUCAUAUUGUUGAUAUUGCUAUAAUAAUAGAUAUUCUGUGCUUAUUACAUUCAAAAUGCAUUGCUGCAGUAUGUGGUGUGUAAUUUAUCUUAUUUAUUAUUAAGGUCUCGAAAACUUGAGCAGUAAAUAAACAUAAACAAGUCAUACUUAUCAGUUGAUGAAUUAGGACCAAGUGAACAGAUUAAAAAAAUAUAUCUUCUUUUAAAGACAAUGAACAUUUGGUAACUAAAAACUGAGUUUGAAGUGAAAAAAUCCAUCAUUCACGGGAUGAAAAUAGUAUCACUUGAUUCUUUGUCUUCAGAAGCUAAUGUUAUUUUGCAUGUCUCAUGACCACAAGAGUAUUAUAGCUCUCUAGGAGUAUAUUAUUUUCCCUUCAUUACUGCUGUAUUAUUUACUGACUAAUUUAGAAAUGUAGGGGCAAAAGAUGUAUAAUUGAUGAGUAAUGUCUAUUUUGAUUCUUGUAGCGUUUAUAAUGUGCACAUGUGUAACGCUGUUAUUGUACAACAUCUCAGUGACCUGAUUAUUUAACAUGUAUUUUCUUCAUAUUAUUUAUAAGGCUAUGUAAGGUAUAGUUGAUUAUAAUAGAGAAGCAUUAAAUACAUAUAUUUUCUUAGUGGUUUUGAUGUACAAUGGCAAUGACUGUUAUGCAAGCUAUCUUAUAAAAGUCUUCCAAUAGAAAUUGCCUCUUGUUAUUGUACAUAAAAGUAAACAUCCUGUGUUUUGUUUCUGUAAUAUUUAUGCUGUGUAGAAUUAUUAUUACAUUAUACAAUCUGUAACUGAAAGGACAUAACGUAAAAUAAACUCAUUGAUAGAA